AUGAUAGAAAACGGUGAACACCUUGAUAAGAAGGCAAAAGCUGAGAAAACCGUCAAUGGACAAUUUUCAGACCUAUAUAAUGAGCGUUACGUCAUCAAAGGCGAUUCACAGGCUCUGGUGAACGCUGUCCGCAUCUCUCCAGAUCAUCAGCUACUAGCGACGUGCACCUCAACUGGACUUAUUCACAUAUACGAUUACGCAUCUGGUAAGCAUAAGCUUACUCUUAAGGGUCACAACAAGGGCAUCUCAGACAUUGUCUUCUCCACAGUUGAUAGCAGCAUCAUUGCCUCGUGCUCAGACGACUUGACGGUGAGGAUCUGGUCUAUAGUAAAGGGGGCGUGUAUAAGAAUACUCAAGAAGCAUACUUACCACGUGUCUGCACUAUGCUUCAAUUCUAAGGGCAAUCUUCUUGUAAGUGGUGCUGCUGACGAGACGGUGGUAAUCUGGGAUCUUACCACAGGACGAAGUCUCAAGACGCUUGCUGCUCAUUCUGACCCUGUAAGCUCUGUGUGCCUCACACCAGACGAUACCAUCAUCAUCAGCGCUUCGUACGAUGGUCUAAUGAGACUCUUUGACUUGGAGUCUGGCCAGUGUCUUAAAACGCUAGUGUACAACAGUUCCUCGCAUGGUACAGCCACAGCGUCCACCAACGACGUUGUCAACUUCCCCAUAUCGAAUGUGCAAGUUACGCCCAAUGGCAAGUAUAUACUCAGUACGAGUUUAGACGGCAAGAUCAGACUUUGGGACUACAUGAGCAAUAAAGUUAUGAAAACGUAUACGUCCAAUGAUACACUGAAGAGCAUUUGCGAGAAGUACAAUUGCAGUUCAUGCUUCAUCACGGCAACACCAGAACCUCUUGUAUCUUCCGGAAGUGAUAAGGCUGGUGUUCUUUUUUGGAGCGUGCAAAGCAAAGAUAUUGUCUAUCAGUUACAAGCAGGUGAGACUGUCCUAGGGAUAGACUCAAAGGACGACGGAGCCGAGUUAGCUACUUGCACUCUUCAGGGAGAUGUCCAUGUUUAUGACCUUAAUCCCAACAUGAAAGCCGUCAAUGGAAAUGGCACCGCAAAGUCAGACAUGGAAUCAUCUGCAGAUCCAGAGUCGGAGUACUCUGCUGAAGGUGAAGAUCCUGCGGACGGAACUGAAGAACCAGUCCCAAUCACUCGGCAAGUGCAAAAGUCUGAAAAUGAUUGA